GAAAAAAGGCGAACUGGUGUAAGAGAGGGGGCGGACUCCAGGACUAAAUAUUCUCGAAACAAGGAACAGUAUCUCGGUAGAAGCCGUCACGAAGGAGGAUUUGAGCAUCGGAGCCAGACACUCCUUGCCUAAAGUGGAAGGGAAAUCAGGCCUUGCAGUGUGCAGUCGCAGUGUUCCCAAAUUCAACUCAUUCUUUCCCGGAUUUUGCCUGUUAGGAUCUCGUUGUUUGCUUUCUGUGCACUCGCUGUCAGCAUCUUCCCUCCCUUUCCUGCUGCCACCAAACACUCGCCACUCUGCAUCCUCCCUGUCUCGUUCCUGCCUCCGUCUCUGUCGUUACGGCGACAGUCGUUUCUCAUUUUGAGCGAAAAUCUCCGAUUCCACCCCUUUCUUUUCGUUGUUUUGUCGUUCGUUUCCAAAUUCUCAAGGGUCCGCUGACUGUUUUAACGCUACCGCUUUUGCGUGUUUCCUUCGUCUUUUCCCCCCAUCAUGGCGACACCCCCUCUUCAGGACGGCGCUCCGACCAACGGAGGUGCCGCUACCAAGCCAAGCUGCGGCGCGCGUCUGCAAAACUUCGCCCGUAUGGCCAUCAAGGGGCCGAGCGUCCCCCACUCGAUCCUCUUUGGUGUCGGAGCAGGCUGCUGCGCGUACGCAGGCUAUUACCUGUAUCGCGCUAUGCGCCUGACUUUCUUCGAUACAGAAAGCGUUGCUCUCCAGUCCCGUCUUCGCUACGCAGAGAAGCAGAAACUGUUUCACCAAGAGCUGGAUCGCGAGUUGGCGGCGGGUCACAUUGCCAGUCUCGUCGCAGAGUACGACCCGGUCGCCACGCGUCUUCCGUUCCAGCCCAUGCAAGAUCGGUACCGAGUGUGACGCAGCUACCGUGUCUUACUUUCUUCUCACGUCCCCCUAUGGCUGGUACUGUCGCACCUCCCUCACUCUGGGACCUCGGCGUUCAUCCUUGUUUCAGUUCACCGCAAGGCAGUUGCAGCGGCUUCGGUUCCAGCCAACACUGUGGUGGAACCGAUUUCGAGCAUUCGCUGUUUGUGGAACAGGCAUGAGGUUCUGGUGUAGCAAACGACCUCUUUAAUACCCUUACUGUACCGGAACGCUCCUUUGUGUGAGCUCCAUCGAGCUGCCACUAACAGAAGGAACGUAUUGGCCGAGACAGGAUUUCAUGGCCGUCGGCGUACGCCCCUCUGGUCCCACAAUAAGGCAUCCAGACGACCGAAGUUCUACAUGGGCGGCACAUUGUUUACGUAACACCGAACCGGAAAUGUACCUCAGCUUGCUGAUACGUUACCACGACACCGUCUGGUUCGUCCAACAGGAAAUAAGGAAUCGUACAGACAUUCCUACCACAAAUCCCCAUGUUCCCCGUAUUAGUGCAAUCGCACUCUUCUGAGGCACAAAUGGCCACGAUCAAGAAAGUGCCGCAAUGGGAUGCGCGGUCAUACCGGGAGGAAAAGAACUCCACAAAUUUCGGUUCAUGUGAUGGAAUCCUUAUUUCCGGGGAGAUACUUUCCACGGACGAGUAAAAGCACGCGGGAACUAUGUCCAUUGUCCACUGACACACAUAAAAAAGAAGAGUGCAAGCAAAGUGUGAUGGAAAAGGAACCUAGUUCACACGGCGAUGUGAGCGCUGCCCCAUGGUCACAUGUGAAUGGGGUUUUCAUAGCUGUUUCCUCGUGAACAGGAACGCUGCAUUGUCAUUAACUUUAAAAUCAUCCUACGAGACUAGCGCUGUGUGCUCCGAGCUGUUAGUUGUCAUCAGCUUCUUCUUCCGCCUGCUUUGCAGCUAUUGCAUGUGCCUUCUUUAUUUUCUUGACCCACAUCCAGCCUCCGCCGAGGAGAGUCCCCAGAGAAGAGAGUCCCAUCGCCGCUGACAUGAUGCCAAGACCACGGGCUUUUACGUUAUCCCUGCCCUCCCACUGAAGUGCCACUUUCCUGAAGUGACGACUCAAACCAAACAAAGCGGCGGUACCAGCCAGCGCCACACCCCCAUAUAAACCGGCUCGCGAGAUAGCUUGAUGCAGGAUCGCUUGCCGACGUACACGCCUCAGGGUGCUGGACAAGUAGUCAUCAUCCUCAGCACCCUCGGUAGACAGUCGCAUGCCAUUCGAGGAAGACAAGUCUUGACUGCGCCGGUCGGAAACACUCCACCCACGAAGAUGUGGAGUGUCGACUUCUUGAGAGUGCGCCCAACGCAAAUCCUCUGCUUGUGUUGAAAACGUUUGAAAUGGGAUUGGCCGUGCUACGUUCUUCCCGCGCCGCUUUUCCGACAAAGGCGAUAUCGACGAUGCUGUUUCUGUCUCGCUGCUCUCCUCUCCCUCUCUACCGUGUUCGUUCCCCUUUGCAGAACGCUCCUCUUUCCGACGAUCCACUCCGGGUUCGUUGUUCCAGAAGAAAACCUUCUUCGGGAAAAACCACCCCAAUGCCGAGUCAAGAAGAGGUUCCGCAGACGCCGUCGCUUCUACACUGUCCUGGCUGUUAACUUGGGUUGAUGCAUCUGAUGAUGCAAUCACAUACCAACACGUGCAAAAGACUGCGACGACACACUGUACUGCCCGCUCUCGCCAACCGAGCGCCGUCAUCGUACCUACGACCCGGUGUUGCGCAGAAAGACCUGCAUCUCCCUAAACUUACUUUAUCUGCGAGGCAUGGUAAACAUUCAGGGGCCAUCAACAUUCACGAACUACACAAAAUAUCGCUUGGGGGUCUCAGCGACAAGAAACGCCAAAAUUUGCCUCGGAUUUACUGAAUGGAAUGGAGUCUUUAGUGCGUUCGUAACCAUGGCGCGUCGAACACCAUCGCUACGAACUGCAUGGUAUGAAUAACCGUGGCCAUAAUUGUGGCCUCGCAGACAUACGUUGCUCAUUUGCCAAUACACAGCUCCCUGCGGACAGCAUCGAGACUUUAGAAUCUCUCGCUGCGCGUCAGCGUCUCUGGUUGUUCAAACAGCCAAUGCAUUGUGGGGAUCAGCGCCAGUGUGCGACGGGGAAGCGUA